AUAAAGCAAAUGUUCAAAAUUUUGGUCGACUGUACGCCGGAUCUAAUUGAACGAAUUGAUUCGUUUUGUCGUGAGAAAAAACCAAUUGAUAUUAAAGAAGUGUUGGGGUGUUUUACCACAGACAUAAUUGGAUCGUGUGCUAUUGGACUCCAGUUUAACACUUCAAAAGACAAGAAUUCGCUUUUUCGGGAGUAUGGACGCAAGGCUUUCACGCCAACAUAUUUCGAUCUUAUUAAGAUGAGUUUUGCGAUGGCUUUCCCCAGACUUGCACUUGCAUUCAAACUGAGAAUGACUCGGAAAGAUGUUUCAGAUUUUUUCCUUCAGCUUGUACGAGAUACAGUAAAGUACCGAGUGGAAAAUAAUUACAGUCGCAAGGAUUUUAUUCAACUGUUGAUCGAUUUACAAAAUCUGACAAAUGAGGAAAUAGCAGCCCAAUGUUUCGUGUUUUUUAUUGCCGGUUUUGAGACUUCUUCCACAACCAUGACGUUUGUUUUGUAUGAGUUAAGUCGAAGACAAGACUUGCAGCAAAAACUCAGAAAUGAGAUUAACACAGUUUUGGCCAAAUAUGAUGGCCAUAUGACAUACGAAGCCAUUCAAGACAUGAAAUAUAUGGACCAGGUCAUAAACGAAGCCUUACGGAUGUAUCCACCAGUUCCCCUCCUAAGCAGGAAAUGUGUCAAAGAUUACAAAAUCCCCGAUCAAGAAAUAAUUAUUGAUAAAGGUACCACGGUCUGUAUCCCAAUUUGGGGCAUUCAUUAUGAUAAAGAUUAUUAUCCUGAACCUGAAAUCUUUGAUCCUGAGAGGUUUAAUGAAGAUAAUAAAAAAUCAAGGCAUCAUUAUGCCCACCUUCCUUUCGGUGAGGGGCCAAGGAUUUGUAUAGGAUUACGGUUUGGUUUAAUGCAAACGAAAGUCGGGUUGGCAACACUGUUGCAAAAUUACAACUUUUGGGUAGCAGGAAGAACACAAGAACCGUUAAAGUAUAAAGUAGCGUCGUUUAUUUUAGCUGCAGAAGGAGAAAUUUGGCUUGAUGCUGAAAAGUUGUGACUGAACAGUUUUAUUUUCUAGUCUUGUGUUUUUUAAUGUUUGUUGUUUUUUAAUAAA